AUGCCGCUGACGCAGCAGCAGGCUGUUGAUGUGCUGGAGGUAUAUGACGCCCUCAUCAGUGAGGCGGAAACGGAACAAGAGGCGUGCACGUAUGCCGUGCGCCGCUCGCUCGAGUGUGGAUUCAUCAGCUUCCUCGCGGGCAUCCUCACCCGCCCCUUCCAGCACGUGCACGAGCUCGACGCGCAGGUCCCGCAGCCCUUCCUGCCGCUCCGCAUGAAGGCCGCCAAGUCCCUCCAGCGGCUUCUCAUCACAAGCAGCGACCUUGGCGCGCGGAUGUGCUCGUACUGUUUCCGCGUUGCGCUGGAGGAGGGGCUGCUGCCGCAGCUGCUGCAUGCACUCGCAGAGUCGCCUCACGAGCCGCUCCGGUUGAGCGCGGCGGAGACGCUUUUCGUGUUUGCCUUUCGCAUCCACGAGGGCACCACCGGCCUUGUGGCGUCGGGUGGCAUUGGCGCUCUGUGUCGCGCGUUGGUCGGAGACACCAGCCCCGCUGUGCGCAGUGUCUGUGCGAGCGUGCUGCGCGAAACGGUCAAUACGCACGCCGAGGAGUUCACAGUUCCCGGCACCGCCGCGGUGCUCGUGCGGGGGCUCGACGACGGCUCCGCCGAUGUGCGGGUGCUCGCUUCGGAGAUUAUCGACCAGGCACUGCAUCUCUGCCCGAGUAAGAUGGUGAACGUGCUGCAGGACUCCCGCAACCUCUUUGAGGCGCUGCAGCACAUCUUCGAGGAGGACCCGAGCGUGGAGGUGGUGGAGUCGGCGGCACGCCUCUUCGAGACGUGUUGCAGCGUGGCAGCCGCAAUGAAUAUGCACUCGUUCUUUGCGUUGUCGAUCCCCAUGAACGUCGCCAAGACGUUGCUGCAACGGCUGCGCGGGGGAGGCAACGCUGGUGCCGCGCUUGCGCGGAGCCUACGGCUGUUGGUGCAGUACACUCCCGCCCAGUACGAGCUGCCGCGCCGCAUCCUGCACGAGCACGAGCUGCUGGCCGUCCUGCUGAAGGGGAUCGUUGAUGCGGGCCGCGGUCGCUCCACCGCUGGGGAGGAUUACGCCACCUUUCAGAUUAAGAGCGUAGAGCUGGCGCUGUGUCUUUGCAUUAUACUGAGCCAGACACCGGCGUACCGCGAGCACCUGGAAAGGGAGUUGCAUGACUACCAGCACUGGGCGGCGGUGGUUAAGAACGCCGCGUUUUCGCUUCUGGACGCAGCUGCACUCGACUACUACACCAAUAUUGAGCUGCAGGACAUUACGGGAUGCCACCUCAACGCACUCCGUGAAGUCGAGUGGGACCCCGAUAAUACACCGCAACGUGGCUACGUUCAUCGGCUUUUUCAAAAGCAGGCGCAGCGCGUGGGCGAGAUGCAGGAACCUGUGGCGCCGGACUACAGUGCCCCUCUUCUUCCAGAGGUGGACGUGCACGACGAGGAGCAGCAGGUGAAGAAGGUGCGCCUCACAUUCGUCUUGUUGGUGUUCGCCAUCAACCUCACCUUCCCCGUGGACAGCCAGGAGGUUGUUGAGGGCACUGGUGUGGUUCCUGCUGCUGAUGGAAUUAGUGGUGGGUUGCGCGCCUCGCAGCCGUGUGUGGCAAACCGUGCGGUGCCGCGAUUCCCAUCUUCUUCAGCGCCGGCGCGCAGCAAACAUCGCGAGUACAUGAUGAACCCUAAUGGCCUUGUGAACCUCAGCACGCGCGGACGAGAGCGCAGUGCAAUGUCGGAAGACGAGAAGGAGGCCAUGGCAAUUGCAUACGACAAGUUUAACUCCUCUAUGGCUCUGGUGAUGAAGUACACGCAGCACUACAGCUCAAAGAGGCAGAAGGCCGAUGAAUUUGUAGAGACGGAUGAUGGUUACAUUGUGCGCACGUCUCGGUUAAAGAAUCCUUGGCACGUUAUUGUCGAGAACCAGAGGCUCAAGACGUGGCAGGUCAACGACCUCAAGGUGGCUGACCUUUUGUACUUCUCGCUGCCGUUCGACGAGAUUGGGGUGCAGACGAUGGACGCGCUUGUGCACAAGGUCCGUAGGCAUGCAAUGUACCUAAAGAAGGAGCUCCUGCUGACGCCGCAGAGCAACAAGGGCCGGCGGUGGUUCAUUCAUGACAUGAUGAAGAACGUCAUGCCCAAUGCAUUGGCGCUCCUUGAGCAGCUCAGGACGCUCGUGCAGGCGCGUGGCGGAGACGGCGUCCGCUUCCCCAUAUUCCUCUUCCGCGAGAAGGAGCUGCAUUUCGGUGAACGCGCCCUGCACCCGGGCAACCUUGUGGAUGUGGUUGACCAGAUUGAGUUCUACUUCUCCCAGAGUGUAGAGAAGACCGUUGGCGUCGAUAACGCACGGCUGCUGCAGCUUGCUAAACAACUAGAUGAUAUUGAGAAGGACGCGAACAUGGUUGAUCUCUUUGAUUCCAACGCACCUGCGAUGCAGCGUGGAGCCGAUAGGGAGGAGGCGCAUGACCAGCAGCGGCAGGAGGAGGAUGAAAACGAGGGUUACGGGCACGGGACGAUAAGCUCAGACUCUGAGACAGAUCUUUAG